CACGCACCGCAGCCAUGGCGAACAAGGGCCCCGCGUACGGCAUGAGCCGGGACGUGCAGUCCAAGAUCGAGAAGAAGUACGACGAGGAGCUGGAGGACCGGCUCGUGGAGUGGAUCGUGGCGCAGUGCGGCUCCUCCGUGGGCCGCCCCGACCGCGGCCGCCUGGGCUUCCAGGUCUGGCUGAAGAACGGCAUCGUGCUCAGCCAGCUGGUGAACAGCCUCUACCCCGACGGCUCCAAGCCCGUCAAGAUCCCCGAGGCGCCGCCCACCAUGGUCUUCAAGCAGAUGGAGCAGAUCGCGCAGUUCCUCAAGGCGGCCGAGGACUACGGCGUCGUCAAGACAGACAUGUUCCAGACCGUGGACCUCUUCGAGGCCAAGGACAUGGCCGCGGUGCAGAGGACGCUGGUGGCCCUGGGGAGCCUCGCGGUGACCAAGAACGACGGCCACUAUCACGGGGACCCCAACUGGUUCAUGAAGAAGGCGCAGGAGCACAAGCGCGACUUCACCGAGAGCCAGCUGAAGGAGGGCAAGAACGUCAUCGGCCUACAGAUGGGCAGCAACAAGGGCGCGUCACAGGCGGGCAUGAGCUACGGGCGGCCCCGGCAGAUCAUCAGCUAGGCCGCCGGCCCGCGCCGCAGCCGACCCUCGGCCCGCGCCCCCGCCCUGCGCCCCGCGCCCCCCGCUAUUUAUUGGAAG